ACAUCAGCCUGCUGUUUGUUGUGUUGGGUGUUGAGAGGUUUUGUAGCCACUUUCAUUCGGGAAUAACUUUCUAAAAGUUUUAACUUAUGCGAUAUAUUUAGAGGUUUUACCAUUUAUUUAUCUAGACAGCUGAGAAAUAGUUUAAGGUUUUUAUUUGUUUAAUAUGCAGUUUCUCUACCCCUGUGUAUUGUCUAGCGUAGCGAGGAUAAUUUAUAGACUUAGUUCAAUUCCUGAUAUUACAUCGUUUAAGCCCAACCUGAUUUAAGAAUGUCACAUUCCGUAAAUACACCGGACAUUUUUCGGUGGAAAAGAUUUACAAAGAGGGGAAUUCCAUCAAAGAGUAAGGUGCAACUGACUGAUGGCGACAUAAACCAAUGGAUGAAGCGGGUCGAGAUGGCAUCAGAGUUUGCCAUAUCUGAAGUGUUUUCACCUCAGAAAACUCACACUGGUAAAACACGCCGUGUUGUACCGCUACAAAACGCAGAGCAGCUACAGGACCAUGAUGACGCAUACUCAGAGGCCCAGGCUGUUCUUAGUGACUGGAUGAACAGGAAGUUGCUCCAUGAGCUCGAAAUGGAUGAGGAGGGGGAAGAGCUGAUUUGUUCCAAUGAGAUGCAGACUCCAGAGUUGAUUGCAUUAAAUCAGUCUGCAAACCUGAACUACAAAAACUUUGAUGAUAUGUAUUCUCACCUCGCACAGGAAGAUGAGAGUUUUGUGGUCCACAACUUCCUCCAGGAUUUGAUGGAGACAGAAGUGUUGGACUCUGGGAUAUCAGAGGACCUCUGUCUAGACCUGGAAAAGGAGAAGAAGAGAGGCAGGGACCCUGGCGUCACCAUGGAGCUGCGUCACAGGCAGGUGAAGGAGAACCGCGUAAGGAGGGAGGCGGCGCAAGAGAGGCAGCGGAGGGAGGCAGAGGUGCGGAGGGAAGCCAGGGAGCAGGCGAGGCGUCUGGAGUGGGCAAAGCAGAGGAGAAAGCAGCAGGAGGCUCGCAAACAAGAGGAGCUACUGCAGCAGGAGGUGAUACGCCUGCGCAGAGAGAUGCAGGGGAAGAGACGCACGGAGCAGCUUGCACGAAAAAUGGAGAGGGAGAGGCUGGAGGAACUGCAUUGCAGUCAGCAGCCUGUAACGUCCCUGACUGGCUGUGGCGCACAGAGACGGCUGUGCUGCAGGGAGCAGCAGGUGGAGGCAAAGGUCCACAUUCUUCAUCUGCAGUGCAUGCAAAAGCACUUUUCAGGCUGGUACUCUGUGGUGCUGGAGAAGAGGGUGCGUCUGGGUAAGGCAGCCGCGCUCUGUGAUUGGAGGAGGCAGCUGAGGGUGUGGCGUGCUUGGAGGGCACUAGUGUGGGCGAAGAGAAUGGAGAGAGAGGCUGAGCGGACAGAGGAGGAACUGAGGAUGGAGACCAGGCGCUGUCAGGUAGCAGUGGAGAGUGACUGGAGACGCCUUAUGAGGCGUUGCCUGAAUGAUUGGCGUCUGUGGUGCCGAAUGGAGAAGGAGCGCCGAGAGCUUCUUAGCCAACAAGAGGAAACUAAACGCAAAAUGGCUGACCUGAUCAGUGCAGCGGCCUCUGGGAAACUGGCUGCAGAGAGCUGCACCGAGCCACCAAUCACAGCCCUGCAUAAUGCCUGCAACCAAUCAGAUGAGAUCACUCGUCUGGCUCAGGGUCCAGUACAGAGAGCCAGCUUGGCUCACACCACCUCCACUUUGACUGACAGGAAAGCUGCCCCUCCCACUCAGGCCUGGCAGGUGACUCGUCGUCACGCCGCUCUCUCACCAGAGGAUCUCCAUCAGGCCCGCCAUGGGCCGCACCUGAAUGCCGUCCCCCGCUGUUGGAGUGCAGAGGUCCGAGGUGGCCGCUUUGAACACCGCCAUGCGGUCCAGAAGCAGACUAUAGCUGAACAGAGGCAUCUUCUCAGAGAGCAGCAGGAGCUGAUCUCGCACCUGCAGGAGACACAGAACUUUCUGGAACUCAGACAGGAGGCAGAGAGAUCUGCAGAGGCUGCAGCAGCGUUGUCACCAGUGCACGUGAAACACGCAGCAUCUCGGAGCGGUACGCAGGCCAACGCGAAGGGCAGAGAUGCCAACACAAGAUCAAAAGGAGUCUCAAGCGAAGAGAGUUCAGCUCUUGUAGGCCCCAAGACAACAGUAAUUCACCCAGUUGCCCUUCACCCAGCAGUGCGAGCCAUGGAGGAGCGAGCUUUGCUACGUGCAGAGCGAAGGCGGGAGGUUGAGGACAUGAAGAGGAGGCGAGAGGAGGAGAGGCAGGCUCAAAUGAAGGCUGCAGAAGAGGAGCGACAGAGGCAGGAGGAAAAGGAGAAGCGAUUAGCAGCAGAAAGGAGAAAGGACGAGAGACGACAGCAGAGGGAGCGAGAGCUAGAGAAGCAGAAGAGAGCAGAGACAGAACAGCAGUUACUGAAGCGAGCAGUAGAACACUACCACAGAUCACUGCUACUGCACAGAGGCCUGGCACCAUGGAAACGACUAGUGGCAGGCAGCCAGACCCGUAUGCAGAAAGCUGUGGACCAUUACCAAUGGGGUCUCCAGAGACGCUGCCUCCUGUCCUGGCUUCAGGUAGCAGGCGAGGCCUUGGCUGAUAAAGAGGCCCAUUCAGACCAGUUGUACAAGCACAUUCUGCUCCGGAGAGCAGUCUGGGCUUGGAAAAGAAUGAAGCGCCAGCAGACUCUCCUGGGAGAGCAGGCCGAGCACUUCUUCCGAGCUCGCGUUCAGAGGAAGGCUUUCAAUGCCCUGCUGGAUCAUGCCACACACGAGAGACUAGUAGCUUGGGAGAACACCCAGCAGGCUGCAGAGCACAGUGCCAGGCAGCUGCUGCGCAGGUGUUUCGGUGGCUGGAGGCACCUGCCGAUGGUCCUACGGGAGGAGAGGGAGCGGGAGGCACGCAGACAACGUCUCCGACGCAUGGUGGCUGAGGUUCUGCCUGACUUUCGCUCCUCGCGUGUGGACGGCUUGUGGAGCUCAGCGCCACGUCUUUAACCAACACUUACACAUGCAGUCACACACACAGGAGUCAGACAGACUCCCAUGGCAUGGAACUU